AUGUUUCGAAAUACCUUUCAAUCAGGUUUUUUAUCUAUAUUAUACAGUUUAGGCACCGAGCCUUUACAGUUAUGGUCAUGCCAAACACCAGACGCUCAUAUAAGCCUUGUGGCCGAUGAUCUGAUCAGUUCCACUGUUAUUGAGCUUUUAUCACCGAAUCUUUCCAAUACCUAUAUCACCUGCCCAGCUCAGUCUAAUACAACGCUCGGCAUCAAACUUCCUUAUCUCGUCUUUGUCAUUAAAAACUUGCAAAAAUAUUUCUCGUUUGAAGUCGAAGUGGAAGAUGACAAAAAGGAAGUGAGACGAUUCAGAGCUUCAAACUAUCAAAUCACAACGCGAGUAAAACCAUAUAUAACGACGAUGCCCAUGCGACUCGAUCCUGGUUGGAAUCAAAUGGUGCUAAACUUUAGCGAUUUAGUGAAGAAGGCUUAUGGAACAAACUACAGUGAGACGAGACGAGUGACAAUACAUGCCAACUGUAGAAUACGACGGGUGUAUUUUACAGAUAGAUUAUAUCAAGAGGAUGAGUUACCAGCUGAGUUCAAGCUCUUUUUACCGGUGAGAAAUAUACUUUAUAUACAUGAUAGGCUGAAGUUGACCCUUCUUAUUCAAAAGCUAAUCUUAUCAAAUCCCUCUGGAAACUUAUUUACAAUCUAG